UUGUCCUCCAAGUCAACCACAGAUCCUUCCCCCAAAAUGAAAGGCUCUUCUUUCUCCUUGUGUCUUUUCUCUACUGUGUUUUCACUGUUGAUGUUGCGCUCUUUGGGACUGAAAAGGCUCCAUUUGGGAAACUGUGUACUCUCCAUGAACUAUCAAGAAAUGAGAAACGAAUUUUUGGAGAUCAAAGGCUAUGUGCAAGCUGAAGAUGGAAAUUUAGACAAAAGAAUCUUGAAGAGCUCAGAGGCACUGCAAGACACAAAGCCCACAGAAAGAUGCUGUUUUUUCCGCCAUUUAUUGAGGUUCUACCUAGAUAGAGUGUUCAAAAACUACCAGACAACCAACCACCACAUUCGCCGGAAGGUUAGCAGUCUUGCCAACUCUUUUCUUGGAAUCAAAAAGGAGCUUCGGCUCUGUCAUGACCACAUGAUAUGCCAUUGUGGGGAGGAAGCCAAGAAAAAAUACACCCAGAUUCUGAGUCAUUUUGAGGAGCUAGAUGCUCAGACGGCUGUAGUAAAGGCCCUGGGAGAGCUGGAUAUCCUCCUGAGAUGGAUAGAAAAGACCAAAUAAGAAGAUAAAAAUGGCAACUGUUGUAUUCGUCCCUCCAUAGGAGUUUCAGCCCUUGCUAAUACUCACUGGGCUAGUUCAGAAUGACUUUUUCCUUCAUCAUGUAAUGACCUG